AUGGUUUCCGUUCUUCACCGAUGUCCGUACUGUUCGUACGAGACUGAUCUGUCCGGUGCCCUCCCGGCCUUCACAGAGAACCCUCAUUGCCAGAGAUGUGGCUUGUCUGCGGCCGAGGGUGACAUGAAAAUGGACAAUGACCUUGCUGCUCUCUUUGCUAGCAAGAUGGCCGUGACCAAUGCACCAAUACAGCAAACCACUGUCAACGUACCCCCUAGUCAAGCUUCUAACCCAGCAAGCCCUCUCUUUUCCAACAAUGCUGCUGCCACAAGCUCCCAGAGCAACGCAUCUACAGACACCGAUCUAGAUGUUAUGCAGCAGGGGCACUCAAACACCCCCAACCCUAUUCCUGGAGCUGCCUCUGUAUUCUCCCCUGAGGAUACGCUCAGAAGCUACAACAUUGACCCAAACUCUCUCUAUCCGUCACAAAUCGCCUUAUUCAGCCAAGCUGCUCCAGAGCAGAAAUUCCGCCUCAUCGAACUGUGGCGCAUAUCCCCUGGCUCAGCCAUGCCAAACAUCCUUCCGAGCCAAGGAGCCCACAUCGUUCAUACAAACUUUCUUUCAAACCUCGCCAACACCGUAAACAAAUCUCAGUGCGGCACUGACGACAUGAUGAUGGACGACGAGAAGAUGGAUGCUGAGCCGUACGUGCUAUCAGGCUACGAACGUCUUGCUCAGCAGGAAUACGAAAGCCAGAGUGCACCAGCUUCGACGUCUCCUCUAUCAACCCAAACCUACAACCAGGCUACUGAUCCCGUUUAUAAGGGAAGUGAAUGGCAACAACAGCAACAAGAACAACAACAGUGUCUCAUGGAGAACCAAUACGGAGAACUCCAGAUGAAGAAGUACUACUUUGGCUGUGGUAUUUCGAGAGCUCACUGGCUUGAGGAUGAGCAGAUGCUAUAG